UAGCAUAAUUAAUCUACUGUAGCCUGAUGGAAUUGUCUUCCGACGGGUGGUAUCACUCCUACGCAUUGCUGGUCUGUAACCACCUUGAUAAGAAUGUUCGCUUCAUCCAUAAAGCGUUAGUACAGGAUAGGUCACUGAAGAAGACAUGGGCCAUCAUCAUAGUUAUGUUUGGAGUGGUGCUAUUUGACUAUGCAGCAAACUUCAUCGAUGGGCCAGUCAAGGCCUAUGUCUUUGAUGUCUGCUCUUACAUAGACAAAGAAAGAGGACUGCACUACCACACCCUUCUCACUGUACGUCCAACUGGCCCACAACCGCAGAGCACGUGUAACGACGCCAGCCCAGGACCUCCACAUCCGGCUUCUUCACCUGCGGGAUCGUCUGAGACCAGCCACGCGGACAGCUGAUGAAACUGAGGAGUAUUUCUGUCUGUAAUGAAGCCCUUUUUGUGGGGGAAAACUCUUCUGAUUGGCUGGGCCAGGCUCAGCAGUGGGUGGGCCUGGCUCCCAAGUGGGUGGGCCUAUGCCCUCCAAAGCCCACCCAUGGCUGCGCCACCUGCCCAGUCAUGUGAAAUUUGUAGAUUAGGGCCUAAUGAAUUUCUUUAA